AUGGCAUUCUCUUUAAGUAAACUGAAAAAUAUUUUAAACAAUAACAAAGACAGUCAGUUGACUGGCAGCGGAAGUUUGGAGCCAGAAAUAGGGUUUAAACUAUCAUUGCAUCCGAUCAGUAAAAAUUUAUUUGUGACUGUUAUCGGCGCUCGGAAUCUGCCAUCCUUUUUUGGACUCAGUCGCGCCCACGGAUACCUUGUUAAGGUGAAAGUUUUUCCGGGCGAGAGUAAAUAUGAAACGUGCCUCCAAGAGAGCUCAUCUCCAGUUUGGAAUGAGGAUUUCAAGUUCCAGCUUAAGCCGAAGGACGUUAAGAAAACAAAUGACAAAAUCGACCUACAGAGCCAGGUGGCCGGCCAUUUCUUAUCAUUGACAAUAUACGCGUUGCUAGAGUCUCCGAGAACAGAUUCAGACAAGCGAAAGAGCUCCAAAACUUUAGACGCGAAGACAACUAUGAACGCAAUGAACGAAGAGCCUAAGUCCAAAUCUAGUCUCCUAUCGUCGUUCAGUAGUUUCAAAUCUUCGAAAGCGGAGGCAGCAGUCCAAAAGUCGGUUCUGGAAAAGCGAAGAACAGUCGGCGCGGCCACCUGGAAUUUCGACUCUAAAUUAUUCCAGAACGAUUUGAAAAAUGGAUUAAUUGGAACGCCAGAUAUUUGGAGACCUAUUAAUGCUAUUGCGAGCGGACUUAAUAGCACGGAUACGAGGAGAGAAAAUAGAAAGGGUCAGCUGGAAGUGACCCUACUCUACUCGGGCAGCGAAGAUGGCUUUAAUGAUACGAUACAGCUGACUGUGAACAGAUUGAGGUGUAGCGUACAAACUAUGCAGGAACAGGAACAAUUUAAAGCACCUCUCUACCUGAAAGCGACCAUUUUGGAGGCGAACAAGGCUGAAUGCUACUGGAAGAGUGACAGAUUCGUACCGACAAUAUCGGCGAGAUGGGACCCCAAAGCUGCCACAGUGAAACUAAAUGUGUUCAAAGUGAACUUGAACAAAGUCAGUAUCUACAUCAGCCUAGGGUGCAAGACGAAAAUGGCUAAGAAAGAAAUCCUCGGCAAAGCCACCAUAGACGAUAAAUCUGCCUACGCUGACAGCUGGUCUGAGGUCUUGAGGCAGCCAGGCGUCCCGAAGACCUUCUGGGUUAAUUUUGAGUGA